AUUGUGGCGGGAGGGGGAGGAGGAAGUCAAGGCGCCUGCGCGGAGAGGCCGCUUUCCAUCCGGGUCUCUGUCCGUGCGGUGCAGCAGGUCGGUAGGCGGGAAAUGGCGACUGGCUGAAGGAGCUGGUUCUGUUGCUGCUGCGGGCUAAGCGGGAAAGACACCACACAUUGCGCAGUCGGGACCAUCGCCGGAGCCUGAGGACACUUCUCUGUCGUCACAGUUAGGUUCCUGAGGACCCAGUAGAUGACAGACCUGGAAUUAGAAAUCUAAAUACUAAAUUAGAUUUAUCUCAUAAUAGUCUCACAAUAGCAAUGCCAGUGCUAUUAUCCUAUAUAUGAUUAUUGAAGCCAUAUAUACACCCUUUGCUGUGUUCUUCCUAUUCCCCCCUCAGUUUUUUAAGUAGUUUUAUAUGUGGCACUCAUAAAAGAUGAGGCUGAGAACACGUAAAGCUUCUCAGCAGUCAAAUCAAAUCCAAACACAACGCACUGCUAGAGCAAAGAGGAAAUAUUCAGAGGUCGAUGAUAGCCUGCCUUCAGGGGGAGAAAAAACACCGAAAAAUGAAACCGGCUUGUUGUCUUCAAUUAAAAAAUUCAUUAAAGGAAGCACACCCAAGGAAGAGAGAGAAAAUCCUUCGAAACGGAGUAGGAUUGAACGUGAUAUAGAUAAUAAUUUGAUCACAUCAACACCAAGAGCAGGAGAAAAGCCUAACAAACAGAUAUCUCGAGUAAGACGGAAAAGUCAAGUAAAUGGAGAAGCUGGUAGUUAUGAAAUGACAAAUCAACAUGUAAAACAAAAUGGAAAAUUAGAAGAUAAUCCUUCCUCUGGCAGUCCUCCAAGGACUACAUUGUUGGGGACCAUAUUUUCUCCUGUCUUCAACUUUUUUUCACCAGCAAAUAAAAAUGGAACAUCAGGAUCCGAUUCCCCAGGACAGGCUGUGGAAGCUGAAGAGAUAGUAAAACAACUUGAUAUGGAACAGGUGGAUGAGAUCACUACCAGUACUACUACGUCAACAAAUGGAGCAGCUUACUCAAAUCAAGCAGUUCAAGUGAGGCCAUCAAUAAAUAAUGGUUUAGAAGAAACAGAAGAAACAGUUAAUCGUGAUAUCCCACCCCUUACAGCACCAGUAACUCCAGAUAGUGGCUAUUCAUCAACUCAUGCAGAGGCCACCUAUGAAGAAGACUGGGAAGUAUUUGACCCGUAUUAUUUCAUCAAACAUGUUCCACCACUGACAGAAGAACAACUAAAUAGGAAACCUGCUCUUCCAUUGAAAACAAGAAGCACACCAGAAUUCUCCCUAGUUUUAGACCUGGAUGAAACACUAGUACACUGUAGUCUAAAUGAGCUAGAAGAUGCAGCACUUACUUUUCCAGUCCUUUUCCAAGAUGUCAUUUAUCAGGUUUACGUGAGAUUAAGACCAUUCUUCAGGGAAUUCCUGGAACGAAUGUCUCAGAUGUAUGAGAUCAUUCUUUUUACUGCUUCUAAGAAGGUGUAUGCAGACAAGUUACUGAACAUACUAGACCCUAAAAAGCAACUGGUCAGGCAUCGGCUUUUCCGUGAACAUUGUGUUUGUGUACAAGGAAACUAUAUAAAGGACUUAAAUAUCCUUGGAAGAGAUCUUUCAAAGACUAUAAUAAUUGACAACUCACCACAAGCCUUUGCAUAUCAGCUAUCUAAUGGAAUCCCUAUAGAAAGCUGGUUUAUGGAUAAAAAUGACAAUGAGCUCCUAAAAUUGAUUCCAUUUCUGGAGAAGCUUGUAGAACUGAAUGAAGAUGUUCGACCUCACAUCAGAGACAGAUUUCGCUUGCAUGAUUUGCUGCCCCCAGAUUAAGUACAAAGACUUGUCAAAUCACUGAAGGGGGAGAGAAUGCAGGACCCUUUUGGACUAAGACAAAAACAUUGCCAUUACUGUUGAAAUUUUGCAUUUUUGUACCCCGUCUUGCUUUUCUUAUCUUUGGUGCCCAAUAAUAAUCAAGGGUUACAGAAAGAGACUUUAUCUCAGAUUGAAUACAUACAGUAGGUAGGCUAAAACAGAAGAGUCUUUAGAACUAGUGCAACUCCAGUGAAAUUUUUUUAUGUACAGGACAUCUGCAGUUUAUAAAGAAUUCUGUUUCUGCCACCAGCAGUUUGACCUGUAGUCACACAGGAUUUUAUGAUAAUAACAGAGAUGAAAAUGGACUUUUAUUUUCUCUCUGUUUGGUGCUCUAAGUGGGUUUGUAGCCACUUUUCUGUUACUUUAAGAUUCUCAUUUCAACAGGAAUGGCCAGUAAAAGUUGUUUUAUUUUUCCUGUUAAGGUUUAUAACCUUUUUACAUUUUUGACCUGUAUUAGAUUAGAUUUUCAUUAUGCAUUCCUUUUAGUUAAGGCGCUUCAUAGUUUUCUGGAAAUAGUCAAUUUUUAGUUUUUUAUUAUACAUUUGAAUGGCCGUUUUCCUGCUUUGUCUGCCUGCAUAUUGUAUAUUUGUUUAAAAAUAUUCUCUACUUUUAGUCCAUGUAAGUUUCAUUUAGAAAGACAUGCAUUUAUAUUUUGUUUCUGUAAUAUUCUACUGUAGGUGAAAUCUUUUUAAAAAAAAAAUCAAAGGACUGGGUAGAUAAGAAUAUAUGAAUGACUAAUAUUCAAAAGAUUUAAACCAUUGUGAUGGCAUGUGUUCCCAAAUGGUAAUAUCUUGCAGUGGCACACAGAUUUAAUGGAUAAAGGUAUACCUCAGACUUCACUGUGCUCACCAAUCUUUGAGGAGAAUGAGUUUGGUCACCUAUUGGGCUUGAUUUGGUUACUGCUGCCUUUGGUUUUCUCCAGGAAUGAAGUAUUCAGCACAGUGACUCAGUAUUUUUAGUUAUUUUGCAUGGGCUGGUAGUACCUCUGUUAUGCUCUUGGUUACAAUCAAUUUAAAACUCUGUGUAACAGUCUUGGUACCUUACAGUAGCUAUGCAUAAUCCUGUGGCACAGUAAACUUCCAAGCCACCAAUGCAGUUAAUAUGCUCUCAUAGUGGUUUUCUAUGCUAUAUGAAAAUAGUCGUCAAGCCUUGGUUCUCUAAUGCAGCUACCACAAGAGGUUGAUAUUUUUAUAGUGGCGUGUAAUCUCCUUUUCGGGAGGCUUUUUAUGGAAGGUAGAAUUUGUAAAAGUUAGUAUGCUUUGCCUCUCGACUGCAUUAACAUGCCACAGGCUCAGACUGUUUUUGUGUAAAGGAUGUCAAAGAACGGCACUUUUUCUAAAGAGAAGUUUGAUAUUUUGUAUGCUUGUUAAGAAAGUACAGUAUUGGAAAUUAAAGGUGGACAACUGAUAAUUGAGGAGUAUGUCACUUAAUUUUUUAUGUAUAUUACCUGUUUACUUGUACAACUUAUUGUACAAAUUACAUGCAGCUUCAUUUUCAAAUGAAUCCUUAAAAUAAGGAAAUCUUUUUAGGAAAACAUUUAAUUUUUGUAUUUUUGAUUUUAAAGGCAUGAGUUAUGUCAAUUUUCAGUGUAUUAAUGAAGAUUUUAACUUUUCAUCAGGUUGAGUGUUUUCUUACUAUAUUAUCUGUUGUGUAUGUAGUUAGCAUAUUGUGUCACUGAACUGUUUAAAAAACCUAGCAUGUAGAGCAAGCCUGUUUUGUGGAAAAUCCUUAUUCAUUAAAAAAAUAAUCAUGGCAGAUAUUCUGCAAAAAAAAAAAAAAGCAAAGCAUUUGCAAUUCAGAAUACUGGUUUUUUUUUUUAUUUGUUUGUUUGUUUUGGUUGUUUUUGUUUUAAUUUAAAGAAAGGUAUUUUGCUUGCAGGAAAAAAUACUCCAGAUUCAUUUUAAUGAGAAUCUUUGAAAUGUAUUUAUCUUUAGGGCAUCUGGGCAUCUUUAUGCUGUUUGUCUUCUGUCUUUCUUGAAAUAAAAUGUACAUACGUUACCUUUA